ACUAUCUCCUCCAGUCUCAGCCUCCAUAGCCAUUUUGUCUUAUUUGCUUUCCAUCUCCUCCUCCACUUCCACCUCCACCACCUCCUCCCCCUUCUUCUCAGGAUUCCCAAUGGCAACUAUGGUGAUAAUAAAGAAGGAAACACUGGUAAUAGAUGUGUUCGGACGGAUAAGAGAUUCAAGAUGGAGGAACAAGUGCGAAAACUUGAUCAAACAAGCUCGAAGUCAACUGUACACUCAGAAGGUUCGGAGGGAGGCAAUCACAAAGCAAUCGACAGCCGACAUUGCUCAACUACUGAUGUCUGGCGAAUAUGAUGGUGCUAUAGCCAGGGUUGACCAACAUCAUCAGAACGAGUGUCUAUUGUCUGCAUACGGUCAAAUUGAGAAAUUCUGUGACACUUUCCUUACCAAUGUCAAUGAAAUUAGCAGCCGGAGGAGGUAUGCGUUGCUGAUUGAUCAUAACAUUUGUUGAGUUUUUGAUGUUUAAUGACUGUUUUAUAUGUUUUGGUUGAUGGUUCGUGUGUAGGUUGACUUAUGAAGUUGUUGAAGCAGUUUCAAGUUUGGUAUUUGCUGCCUCAAAGUGUGGCGAAUUGCCGGAGCUACACCAGAUAAGAAUCCUGGUCAAAAAGCAUUUUGGUGCCGAUUUUGAGAAAACAAGUGUAAAAUUACAACAUGGGAAUUUUGUGAACACCAAAUUAAAGUACAACCUUGGAAACAAAUCACUAUCAGAUGAUGAGAAGGUUGAAAUCAUAACCGAAAUAGCCAGACAGUGCAACAUCCCCCUGAAGCUUGAUCAAAUUGUUGUGGAAAAACCUGUGCCACAGUAUGAAUCUUUGGAUACCAAAUACCAAUGGGGAAGAUCAAAGGCAGCCUUCAAAAACCAAGGCUAAGUUCUCGAAAAUUGGGUUGAAAUUUUCUGUGUUCGAUCCUGGGAGUUUGAUGCGUAUGUGUACAGGGAAUAAUGAUUUACCACAGGGACAUGAUGCUUCGAUAAAAACAGAUGGGGCAUAUGCGCAACUUGAUGGAUCAGGUCGUAAGAACAAAAUGAAUGAUCAAACCAUGUUGAUGAAACUAGGCCUCUCAAGGCCCAAGACUCAUAGUCGAAGAGGACUUUUACGAAAUGAAGACUCGGAGUCUCAGUCAAACAAUGCACACUCAAAGCUUCCAGACUAUGAUGUGCUAGUGGCCACAUUUUCAGAGUACAAGGAAAGCAAUACCAAUGACAGAACUACUCGUAAGGAGAAGGGGCGGUUUUGAGUCGUUUUUCUGUUACUAGAUUGUGCCACCGAUUGGAUGCUAUAAUUUUUCUUUCAACCAUUGUCGAUAACAUUAUCUGUAAUUUGUUUCUUGGGAAAUUGU